AUGGCUACCCCCAGUGUCCUCGCUUUUGACGCUGAGGGUAGGGCCAUUGACAUUGACGCGAGGGUAGAUGACCUGCAGCUUUUCCUACAGUGCGAUAGGGCAGACGGUCUCUCCCUCUUUGACCUCACUUCUGGUGCCUCUCCUGCCCUUGCUGCUGAUGGUGACGCCACUGUUCGCUCACAGUGGGCCACGCGCGAUGCUCCUGCACGUCUUGCUGUGCGUCGCCACUUGCCUACCUCUAAGCGUGCGCACUUUAGCCAGUACAAGGGUGCUAAGACCUUGUACGACGCUAUAGUUGCACGCUACUCUUCCCUUGCCACUGCUGCACUUAGCCGCCUCAUCCUGCCGUACCUCUUCCCUGACCUCGCAGCAUUUCCCGCGGUCGCUAACCUCAUUACACACCUUUGCACUAGUGACAUUCGCUACCGCGCUGCCCUUCCCGCUGAGGACCACUUUCUCUCCGUUUGCCCCACCACCCUCACCGUUGACCUCCUCGAGGAGCGCCUCCUAGCAGCGGAGAAGAGCAUGGUCGUUGUAGGAGUCUCUCGUGGUGACCCUCGUGCCCCUGUCUUUGAGGGGUGCUCCCCCUCUCCUCUCUUGCCCUCUGUUGCCUUUGCUACUGCGGCGGACCUUGUUGGUCUUGAGUCGGUCGGUGCAGCGUCUGCCCCUAGCGAGAGACGCCGCACUGGCAAGGGCAAGGGGGGCAGGGGCGCUAGAGGAGCUAGCGGGGGCGGUGGAGGCGGUGGUGGAGGCGGCGGAGGGGGUGGGGGUGGCGGUGGGAGUGGUGCCGAGGGUGGGGGCGUUGGUGGCGGCAGUGGAGGCGGAGGCGGCGGCGGCGGUGGCGGAGGUGGCGGCAGUGGAGGAGGCGGCGGCGGAGGAGGUGGAGCUGGUCGGGGUGGCGCUGCGCAAAGGCGGGGUGGGGGUACUGGUCCGUGCACCUACGUCCUACGCACCGGCGACCGUGCGGGUGAGCCGUGCGGGGGUGCGCACUCCACCCAGCGCUGCGUUGGCUGCCUGACGGACGCCUGGCGUCACCAGUUCCCUGAGGCCACUGAGAUCCCUCGAUGGGGCGAGCUGUCUAGGGCGGGAGUAGCUAUCUUUGACCUUGACUUUGAUGCUAUUCUUGCUGCCAUGUAUGGUGUGACUAUUACUGAUGAGGGUGACUGUUACCGGUGUUUUCCGCCCGACACGGGCAUUGGGACUGGUGCUCCAGGUACUGGUGAGGCCGCUCCUCUAGGUGCUAGCGAGGCUGCUGCUCUAGGUGCCAGUGCGUCUACUUCUUCAGGUGCUGGUGAGUCUGCUCUAUCAGGUACUGCGUCGGCUUUGGCCUCCCACACCUUCACCCUUGACUCGGGGGCUUCUCGCUCCUUCUUUCGAGACCGCACCACACUCACGCCGCUUGGUCGGCCAGUUGCAUUCUCUCUGGCAGACCCCUCCGGGGGUCCUGUCCUUGCUCACUUCUCCACUGUCCUCCCGUGUCCGGCGGCCCCCUCUGGCAACCUGUCUGGUCUUUACUUCCCCUCAUUCUCUACGAACUUGGUAAGUGGUGCUGACCUGCAGGAUGCGGGGGUUCACCAGUUCACUCCUGCGAGCCAGCGAGUGACCCACUGCACGGAAUUCGUGCCCCACACCCAUCGCCAAUGUUGCCUCCAACCAAUUCCCCCUCCCAUCACCUAUCUUCACCGCAUUGCAUCUAUCUCAUCCAACCAAUUUGAUAUUUGA